UCCUAACUCCUGGAGACGAAAAGUUGCAAGCCGUGGAGAAGCACUGACCAACUCUCGUAAACUCUCCAAUUCAUUUUUCAAGAAUUCAAGGAUUAAACUGCAAGUGCAAAUCUUGUUCUUGCAUUAUUCCAAGCAAGAUUACAGCUAGAAAUGAACACCGGAGGGAGGGACGGAGACGAUGGAGUCAGAGGAGAGCGGGGCAGAGGAAGUGGUAGAGACGCGGGAAGAAGGGGCAGAGGAAGUGGUAGAGACGGGGGAAGAAGGGGCAGAGGAGAUGGUGGAGGCAGAGGGAAUGAACCAGAUGAAGCCUCCUCUUCGCAAGCAGCGACACAAAAUCCUUCCUUGGUCGGACAAGAACAAUCACUGCCAAGUCACUCCUUGCAUGGUCCCGAUCAGCCAGCUCGACCCUCCGUAAGUCCGAGAAAUCAGACCUUUCACCAACAGCAGACUUCAGGACAACAGGCUCCUCAAGAUUCAGAACAUCAGAGGCUGGCAGGUCACACAAACUUGUGUCGUAAUAACCUUCAUAACGAAGCAAGAAAUUUUCGCCCAUCUGCAUCAUUUCCAGUUAGAGUUGUACGACCGCAAAGGCAUGAUAUUGCUUUACAGCUCAGAAAAAGAAACGUUGUUGUUGGUUCUCAGCAGACUCGUAAGUCUGGUUCAUUCGGAAUUGCAAGGGAGAAGCCAGCGACAACGUCACAGCUAGGACCUUCCUUUCCUCAUAGAAAGAGAAGCGCUACUGAUAUAUUACUAGCUGACAGAAUAUUAGCUGCCUUUCUGUCAUUGCCUGUUCAAGCGUGGCUUCCAGAUGGAGUAGCACAACCGCAGAGGCAAGAUGCUUUGGAGCGCAGCGAAAGAAACGUUGCUGUUGGUUCUCAGCAGACUCCUCGGUUUGGUUCAUCUGGAAUUGCGACGUCACAGCCAGGACCUUCCAUUCCUCGUAGGCAGAGAAGCGCUACUGCUCCUAAUUCAGGUUCAUUUGCAGGAGCAGUUUCACUUCAAGGGAUGGGUGGAUCAAUGACACAAACACAAGGAGACCCUGUUGGAUCCUUCCAUCAGAAGGAGGAAAAGCCUUUCCCAGAUUCUGAGCCGAAUUCAUAUGCAAAAUCUGUGAAAAAGAGAAAGAAAUCAACAGAAAGCACGGAUGGCAGCGAUGAGCAAGAAGCCCCCUCAGCAAGUGAUAUCACCAUCAGAGAACAGCAGCCAAGUAGCAGUGGGAGACCGACAGAGGCUCACCAAGGCAACCCUGAUGAUUCUGACGAAAGCUUAGAUACAGAUUUAGGGUGAAGCAAAAGGCAGAGUCACAAAUAAACUUACAAGCUUCUUGCAUGCAUGUGCUAACUGAUGAAGGGAGAGCUCAAAUAAGAUCCCAGCAUUUAGCAGAACCCCAACUAUUAAUUGCACAGAUCAUUAAGUAUGUGGGUCUUGAUGCAGAAGAAAUGGCUUAUCAAUGGUAGAGCCUUUCUUAGAGUUGUUGAGGCUUUAAACUGAGUUAGUUUGUAGACUUUUGUGAGUUGAAGUAGAAAUGGCAUCUAGAUCAGAAACUUAACUGCAAA